AGCUCAAAAAUGAGUUGGAGGAAAAUGUAGACUUAGACAGGCUACAAUCACUCUGUUCUAAGAAUGAAUCGUUGGAGAAAGACCUGCAGACCCUGAAGACAGAGCUCGAAGACAGACAAUCAGAGACAAAACUGAUGAAGUCAUGAAGCUCCGUGCUGAGAAACAUAGGAGCACAGAAAAUGAAAAGGAACUGCAAACCAUGAAGCUGAGGAUUGAGGACAAGAAUAAAGAGCUGAAUGAUGAACUAGCUGAAGUUCAACAUCAGCUCAGGGAACAGCAGCAGAAGAAGAAGGAUGCUGAGAUAACCGUAGAGACACUGAAGAAAGAGCUGGAAACCAACAGUAAAAAGGUCAAAGAUCUAGAGGCUGAAGUUCUUGAGCUCCGUGCUGAAAAAGUUAAGAGGUGGGCAGAUAAGGAGGAGCUACAGACCACACAGAGGAAGUUUGAAGCUAAUAAUAAAGGGCUGAAUGAUGAAGUAUCAAAACUAGAACAUCUGCUUAAUAAAGAGAAGCAGAGGAGGAGCGAUACUGAGAUGGAAGUGCAAUCCCUGAAAACAAAGGUGGAGACCAAUGAAAAAGAAGUUUGA